AUGCCAGUCUUUUCCGCUUUGCGCGUGUUCGCAAUCUGGGAUAGGAGCCGUGUCUGGUCGAUAGUGGUGUUCGCACUGAGCAUGGUGGCGUUCGUGACGAACAUAUACGACGCGGCGGUAACGAAGUACGGAUUCUUCACUGAUCCGCUCGUUGGGAAGACAUGCAUCAAUGACCCUCUGUUCUCAGCGCAGCAAACAGACAGAGUCAUGAUAAGUACGUUCCUCGUCUAUACCACACGCGCCUCACUCAUUCUUGCCGACAUCAUCAUGAUCGUCCUGACGUGGAUCAAGACAUUCGGACAAUGGAGGGAGACCCGCCGCCUCAACAUGAAGGUACCGCUGACGAGGUGUCUGCUACGUGACGGAACUAUUUAUUUCAUGGCUCUCCUGGCAAUAAACAUAACCCAAAUUCUGACCUACAAUUUCUCUACGAACAUAUCGCUCGUGGGCACGCUGAAGACGACCUUGCCCUCGGUGCUCAUUAACCGCUUCAUCAUCAAUCUGCGGGCAGCCGGCUCGGAACCGCCAGACCACUCUCUGCGCAUCAGCGAUCAGCAGCAAGGACAGUCGAUACCACAGCUCAGAAGGCAUACGGAUCGGUUGGGGAAUAUUGUGGGGACGCUGCAGGAUGUUUGGGGAGACGAACCCUGCGACGAAGAUGCCGAUGCCGCAGUAGUGGGCGGGGAAGGCCAUCAUGAGAUCGGUGCUGAAGCGUAA